AUUAUCACAGUAAUGGACAUGAAAGUAAAUGCUGACUUUUCAGUAUAAUGAUGAAUAAAUUGAGCUUUCUCUACUGCUGCUACAAGGCAAAUACGCUGAAAACUGUCUGUGCACUUGACUAAUUUUAAAUGAAAAUAACCAGUUUUUCAUAAGUUUCAUGUUGUAUAACGCUGGAAAGCUUUACAUGAAAAGGGGCUUGAGCAAUGAACCUUUCUGAAAUAGGAAGGGGUACCAAAAUUUCACAACAGUGGGUUUUGGUUUGACUUCCUAGAACUAACUACAAGUAAUGUUAAACAUUUGUAAUUUAAUACAAAUGUUGUGGAAAAAGAUUAAGGGUUAUUAAAAAGCAGAAGAUAAAUGGAAUAGAAUACCUUUAUUGUCCCAGUGAUUUGCACACAUGCAAAUUGGUUCCUUCCAUUCCUCGAUUGAUGAUUCUAGCCUUGGGCUUCACGAAGUCUCGUUUUUAUGCUAUUUUUAGCCUGGGGCCUGUGAAACUUUGUAGUCAAACUUUCAGUUUGGAAAUUUGCUAUUUUAGUCUCACCAGAAAAUACCAAGGAAAAUUCUAAGCAAAUACUGUAUGAGGUGAGCUGGCGGUUGCUACACAAAAACCCCACCUCUUUCAUGACUUCACUCCUGAUAUAAGACAGGCAGCAUCUUCUUCAAACACCACCACCUCACUGACUGUUGUAUCACAUGGUAAGUAGAAAUAGGACAAUUGGUUCAUGUCUUUCAAAUGCUGCUUUAUGACAAAUUUGCUGUGGGUAUAUAACUUGUGCAUUUAAAGUAAGUUAUAUAAUGGCUUUGCUGGAAUAGUCACUUACAAAUGCCCUUAAAGUAAAAAUGAUUCUUUACUAUGUUUAGGUAUCUACAACGAUGAAGGACCACAUUUUAAAAUAUGUUGCCCUCUGCUGUCUCUGUGUAAGAACAAGGCCUCUGACUGCAGAGAUGUUGUCUGAACAGGGAACCUUGAUGGAACUCCAGACGGGUCCUGAUGUUGACCAGUCUUUAGCCUCUGCAGAUUAUGUGAAGGUUCAGAAUGUCUCCAUGGAAGCAGCCGUGCAGAAACUGGGCGCCCAGGUUUCCUCACGCCUGUCCAUGCUGAUCAGAAUCCCCUUGAACCUGUCCCCAAACUCCGUGGACGACAUGUAUUACGGCUGCUCCCAGAAGAUGCUCAUUAAGGUGAAACGUUUCUACCUCCCCAAAAGCACCAGGGAAGGCCUCUACGACACGUACACUAAACUCUGUGCCAUUAAAGCCAUGAAGAACAAGGACAUCUACGACCCCCUGUCCUGGAAUCACUUCAAGGCUCUGUGUGCCUACACAGCAGGCUCAUACGACAGCCUCAACCAGGCUGUUCGGACCGGGAAGUCUACCUACAAGACUUCCUUUCAGUUCCACGCCCUGCACUUCCUUCUGUCUGAUGCCAUCCGGCUGCUGAAGCUCAACCAGCGCGGCUGCUACACCACCUACCGCAGGAGCAAACUGCUCUUCGAAGGCGCCCCCGGACAAAUCAUCCGCUUUGGCUCUUUCGCCUCCAGCUCUCUCGACAAAGACCUUCGUCAUUUUGGACGGACGACCUGCUUCGAGAUACACACUUGUUACGGCGCCUACCUCAAGGCCUACUCGGAGUUUGACGCCGAUGAGGAUGAAGUGCUAAUUCCUCCAUAUGAAAUGUUUCGUAUCGUCUCUGUUGACAUGUCGGGAGAGAACCAUUUACGCUGUGGCGUUUUCUACAAGCUUGAGACGGCUGGAGUUUACAGCAGCCUUAACUGCCAGGAUGUCGCUGGGGUCUGAGCAUUUAACAUCAGAGUGUCACUGCAGUUGGAAGCCUCAGUAUAAAAGCUUAACACAAUCAAGUGCCUCUACCAGUCACCAGUUUACAGUUUCCUCUACACCGUUGAAUUUAUUGAAACUGAGUAAAAUGAGAUGGAGUUUAUUCUUAAACAGUUUCAUGACAUGGUCAUUUCAAGCCAUUUUUAUGACUAAUAUUGUUUAACGAACAUUAAGGCAAACUUAAAUUAUUUUGAUUAGAACAAGUAGUUGAAUUAAACUACUUUUUGUAACUAAACUUAAUCAAACUGCAUUCUCUCUGGCCAUCUAUCAAUCUACUUUCACUCUAUUGGUAACAAGAUAUUUUAUAAAAAUUGUUUCUCAAUGUGGUUAAGUAUUUAAAACCUAUCAUACAAAUAUAUGAAGCUUUGUUACUGCUACUGGACAAUAUUUAAUUAUUACACAGUCUGAAAAUGCACUGCACUUUUACACGGUUUUGAAACAGUGUAGAAAUAUCAUUACCAUAAUACAGAAA